AAAUACGAGCGGGACAAUAUAUCCCGGCGAAAUUCUAAUCUGUUGGCGCAAUGUUUACACUCCUUAUCAGUUGUACACAGUUUUAUCGGUAUUUUGCGUGACGCUUGCACACCGUCGCGAUGGGAGACGAAGAAACUGCUGUGGCAAAUGCGUGUUGCGCUGCCGGUAUUUGUCUUUUGUGCUGCGGAUGCUGCUACCUGAUCUUCGCCCUCGCAUAUUUGGCUGCCGUGACGGCGGUGCCGGCACUGGCCACCAAGCACAUGGUGGACAUGGGCGUGCCGGCAGCGGAUAUUCCCGCUCUGUGGAAAUGGCACGCGGCACUAGGAUAUGCCUUCCUCUUGGGCGCCAUCUUCCGCUCCUCGCACAACGAUUUCAUUACCAAAUUACGGGCCGGCAAAGAUCAGGACCCCGAAAGUGGACAGGCCACAGGAUGCAAAAUGGGUUGCCGAUGCAUCUUUGAAUUUCUGGUCUCUCUUAUUCCGCUAGCGAUAGCGAUUGGAUUAUUAUACACCAGUUUCCAGCUGUACUUUGACUCGCUAAACAAGGAAAUGUCGUUGCAUAUGUAUUAUUCUGCGAUACUGGGACUGGUUGUGACGAUCCCGGCUGUGAUCAUCUUCCCGUGUAUGUUGUUCUGCGCGGUGUGUGCCUGCUGUACUGCCUGUUGUGCCGGCGUCGUGUCCAGCAGCGCAUCCAUCUAACCAAAUUUGGUGUUUUUAAUGUUUAAAUUUUAACUAUAUAAUCAAGUAGUGUACCAGCGCUCGCAAUUUUUAUAAACUGGAUGGCUGUUGCGAAUAAAUCACAACAAUAAUUUAAUAUGUUCCAUAUUUUAUGUUAUCUUACUUUCCGUUAUCGUUAUUUUUUAGUACAAGCGUAAACUGAGGAAUUGUUUGAUUGUUAUGUGUUUGAUAUUAAUAAUGAAACCUCUUUUGCUCGGGUCGGA